AUUUACUUGUUUAUUCUAUUCUAUUUUUUUUGUAUACACUUAUAUAUUAUUUAUAAACAACUGCUGAACUAGUUUUAAACCAUUAGAAAAAGAUUUCUAUUCCUUUUAUCAGUAUUAAUACAGUAUUUAUCAUCUCUGAAUAAAGGAGAUAGGCAGACAGAUAGACAAAGGAAGAGAACAAAAUGCGAAGAAAAAAGAAUUUUCUUUCCUACCUUCCUAUUUUCUCUUCCAGUUUUCUGGUCUUUUCUAACCCUACUAAAUGAGGUUAACCGAAAAGUCUCUAAUGCAUAAGGAAUUAUGCGUUUUACGUGUUGUCUUAAAAAGGAGAAAAUUGCUUUUCUACGAAUUUCUCUACUUUUCUUUUAAAAUAAAGUGUAAGAGAAGAAAGUGUUUUGAUAAGAUUUCCAACCAAGAUUAAGAAGAUCGUAUAGUCUUUUGUACCCUACGAAGAAGAAUGAGGAUAGAGAAAAGGGAGAAGAUGGAGAAACUUUCCAAGAAAAGCGAAUAACCUCUUCAUUAAUAAUAUACAGAAUUUCAAUAUGAUCAUUAUAGACGUAAUAGUUAAGUGGUUGAUUAUGCAUCGCUUGUUCGUUGAAUAACUUUCCUUCAGAUUACUUAAUAUGAAAAUACAACUAAUGAGAAAGUAAGCAGUUCCUUUCCUAUUAUGUAAUAUUCAGGUUGGAAAUUUGAUAAGACGUCGGUCACCAGUUCAAUUAGAGGGCUUUUAUUUCCCUUAAAUAAGUCAUAUAACCUUUAAUAUUUUUCUCUAUUUCUCUUUCAUUUCACCCUGGUUUUUUCUUUUUUCUUUCCUACGUUGUUUAUUCGAUAGAACGAAAAACAACUAGAUGAGCUCGGUAAGACCUCCGACGUGAAGAAUCCUAUACUCGUUGUCUAACAACAUUCGUGCGGUUGCAAUUAUUUUCUAAUAAACUAUCUGUUGACACUCGAAGAUUCCAUUUAUUCAAUACGAGACUUUUUAGCUGCAACUAAGCGUUUACGACUGGAAUGCUUUUCUACAAGUAACCUUAUAAAUGAUGAAAAUCGGUCUAGACGUCACUUCUAAGCGAACGAAAAAUGAAAAGGUAAUUAACUUACGAACACCAAUCGGACUGGAAAUAUGUCUUACCAAUAGGGCUUAUGGGAUAGCCUGUCCAGGGAAUUGGCCAGUAGCAUAUUCCGAAUAAAAUCUGGUCCCGCCAGAUGGUGCUCCGGUUCAAGAGAAAUAUCUUCCUCUUCCAAUAGGCCACGAGCAGGCCGAGUUGACAGAACGUGCCUCGGAAGAUUUCUCACAAUAUAUUAUCAAUACUAUCUUUUUGCUAAUUAGCAACUAAUUAUGGGAUUGCUUAACGAUAUCUGCUUGAUUUGUUCGAAUGUUUCGGAAAUAUCUGUUAGGACUCCGUGCGGAAGAAAGUUCUGCAAAAGUUGCUUGUUACCAUACGUCGCAAGGAAAUUUUCUUGCCCAAAUCGUUGCUGCCGGAUAAAGCUGUCGGAUCUAGAACAGUUGAAGAUCCCCAAGGAAAAAGAAGUCGUUAAAGUCAGAUGCAAAUAUUCAUCUUUUGGCUGUCCUGCUGCUGUUCCACUCAGAGAAAUGGAUAGUCAUGUGAUUGACUGUAAAUUCCGAACGGUGAAAUGCGAUUGCGGUCGAACAAUGACCGCUUCGCAGUUGGAUGAUCAUUGGAAAAUUUGCAGAUGGAACUUGUGCGGAAAGUGUCAUCAGUCUGUGCCAAAAGAUUCCAACGGCAAUUUUGAGCACGACUGCGUAGAAAGUUUGAAAAAGAAAUUGGAAGAGUUCCAAUUAGAUUUAAAAGCUUCUCAGAAAAAAGAAAAAUCCUUAGUGGAAAAGAUGUCAAAAAUGCAUGAUGAAGAAGUGCUAUUAGUGAAAAAUUUUGCCUCAAAAAUUCGCAAGUAUCGAACCUUACUAAUUGGAUUAAGGGCUAGAAAACUCGGACGGGAGGGUAACAACGUUAACCGAAGAGAGGAAGUUGUUGAGGUAUGUAAAUGAAACAUAGAUUAGACUGAAGAAGUCACAUGUCAGUUUUAUGCAAAUGUUUUUUGUGUUUGGGAAAGGGGAAAGUAGGAAUUUGGAAAGGGAAAGUGAAGAAAACAUAGUUAGUUUGUCCGUUUCUGGUAGAUUUACUUUUCUUGUAGAAAAUGGAAGCAAACUAUAUUAAGAAUUUAUAAAUUUUGGGGUUAGAUAUUCGACGCUUGGGCUUUAACCAUAAGUCAAAAUGCAAAUCGAGGAAUCUAGAAUUGGAUUCCUUUGCUUACAAGUGAGAAUCAUAGGGCGAUUAAAGUAAAUUGUAUGUGUAAUCUAUGUAUUUGUUUAUCAGUGGAAAAAAAGUCAGAGUAUAUGCAUAUAUAUUAGUAAAUACUAUUAUUGUUCCAAAG